AUUUAGUCUCUUUUUUUUGCAGGAAGCAUGUCAGCAUAAGGAGUUUGGUUGAUAUUCUCUGCAGUUGACAGUUAUAAUUUUGUGAAUAACUUUGUGAUUUUAGGACAAAAUGCUUUUUGAGCUGCCAUCACCACCCCCCUCUUGUUCUUUGCUUAUCCAUAUCCUCCGGUGCCAAUUCAAAGCUGAGUUUCAUGCUGCUUUCACCGGUCUUGCAUUGAGAAUUUGUGGACAUACAUAAAAUGGGAGAAAUAUAUUCUAGGAAUACAAAAUAUUCAUUUCAGUCACAGAAUGAUGUCUUGGGGUGCUUAAUUAAUGUCAUACUUUAUCAAGAGCUUUUCAAAUGCCUUAGACAAAUCAAAUGAAAAAUCCUACAAAGCCUUUAUGUUGAGCAAGCUAGUACCUGUAGUAGGCAACAUUUGCGAAUCGAAUCUUGGACUAGAUGAAGAUUCUUCCAAUGUUAUUCUGGAUGAGGUAGAUGUAAUUGUAAAUUCUGCAGCUAAUACAACAUUUGAUGAAAGAUAUGAUACUGCUAUCAACAUAAACACCAAAGGACCGUGUCGCCUUAUGAGCAUUGCGAAAAAAUGCAAGAAGCUUAAGCUCUUUCUGCAUGUUUCAACAGCUUAUGUCAAUGGACAAAGACAAGGAAGAAUUAUGGAAAGACCAUUUAGCAUUGGAGAUUGCAUAGCUAGAGAAAAAUCCAUAUCUGAAAUUCCACAAAGUUUUCUUCCAGCAUUGGACAUCGAAGGCGAAAUAAACAUGGUUUCGAAUUACAAUGGGAACAUUGAAGACAACUUACUAGCUCAAAAGAUGAGGGAGAUGGGUCUAGAAAGGGCUAGAAGAUAUGGGUGGCAAGAUACUUAUGUGUUCACAAAAGCUAUGGGAGAAAUGAUGAUUGAUAAAUUGAGGGAAGAUAUUCCAGUUGUUGUAAUUCGUCCAAGUGUUAUAGAAAGCACUUUUAAAGAACCAUUUCCUGGAUGGAUGGAAGGAAAUAGGAUGAUGGAUCCAAUAGUUCUAUGCUAUGGGAAAGGACAGCUAACAGGUUUCUUGGUAGAUCCAAAUGGGGUACUUGAUGUGGUUCCAUCUGACAUGGUUGUUAAUGCAACCUUGGCAGCAAUGGCAAGACAUGGAAUGGAUCAAAAGCGAGAUAUCAAUGUGUAUCAAAUUGCUUCAUCUGUAGUGAACCCUUUGGUGUUCCAAGACCUUGCAAGAUUGCUCUAUGAACAUUAUAGCUCCUCUCCAUGCAUUGAUUCAAAGGGUAGGCCAAUUCAAGUUCCAUUGAUGAAGUUGUUUAGCUCCACAGAGGAAUUCUCUGGCCACUUAUGGAGAGAUGCUAUUCAGAAGAGUGGAUUCACAGCUAUGGCCUCAUCAAAGGGGAAGAUGUCUCAGAAACUUGAAAAUAUUUGUAGAAAAUCAGUGGAGCAAGCAAAGUACUUAGCCAAUAUUUAUGAACCAUAUACAUUUUAUGGUGGAAGGUUUGAUAACAGUAACACAGAAAGAUUAAUGGAAAUCAUGUCUGAAGAAGAAAAAAGGGAAUUUGGAUUUGAUGUAAAGGCAAUAGAUUGGAAAGAUUAUAUCACCAAUGUUCAUAUACCAGGUCUAAGGAGACAUGUCAUGAAGGGAAGGGGAAUGGGUAGUUAGUGACUUACUUUGUGCUAUGUAAUCACCUGUCAUAUUCUCCAAAAACUUUUAUGUAUACACACUUUCCCUUGUUACCUUGAACACUAUGAGACUUUGGCAACAACUUCAACUACAAGGGAUUCUCCAUUAUC